AUGAAGUUUACAGGCUUAACAUUGGGUAUAUUAGCAUCAGCUGUAUACGCACUCCCUACGCUAUCAGAUCUUGAUGAUGGAAAUUUCAUAGUAACUCUCAACGAUGAUACCGAUCUUGAUGACCAUCUCAAUCAACUGGGUGGCUUGUUAGGUGGUAGUGAUAGUGUUACUCGCAAGUACGACAAUGUUUUCAAAGGUUAUGCCGGAUCAUUUAGUAAGACACUCUUCCAAUCUCUUUCUGGUGUUCUUGAUGGACAUAUCGCAAACAUAGAGAAAGACGGUAUAUCAUAUGCACUCGAUUUGGAAUCAGCUGCACCUUGGGGACUUGAACGUAUCAGUCAACGUGAGAAACUCCCAGAAGACUCUGACGUGCGUGCUUUGAACUACGACUACAAUUACCCACAGCCAUCAGGUGCUGGUGUAGAUGUCUAUGUGAUCGACACUGGUAUUCGUAUCUCGCAUGAAGAUUUUGAGGGUAGGGCAUCAUACGGUUUUUGGGGUGGUUAUCCAGAUGCAAAUGAUGAUAAUGAACACGGUACACAUGUAGCAGGUACAAUUGGUGGUAAGACUUAUGGUGUCGCGAAAUCAGUCGACCUCCUAGCAGUUAAAGUUCUUAAUGGCACAGGUCAGGGAACCAAUUCUGACAUUAUCGCUGGAAUAAACUAUGUAGUGCAAAAUAGUAAAAGUACAGGUAAACCAUCAAUCGCGUCACUCAGUCUUGGUGGUGAUGUCUCACCUGCACUCGACAAAGCUGUCCAGCUUGCAAUCCAAACCGGUGUUCAUUUCGUAGUUGCAGCUGGUAAUGAGAACAAAAACGCUGGUGAUUCUUCACCUGCGAGAGUCGAAGAAGCAAUAACAGUUGGUGCUUCCACAAUUUAUGAUCAAAGGGCGGAGUUCUCAAAUUAUGGUAGCGUUGUUGAUAUCUUCGCACCUGGUAUGAAUAUAACUUCAACUUCCAAUAAGGACGACACAAGUUCACUCAGCUUGAGUGGAACUAGCAUGGCUACACCUCAUGUUUCAGGCGCGUUGGCGUCUCUCCUUAGCCAAGUUGGUCAAAUGUCCCCAGCCGACGCAAGCCAAAAGUUGAAAGAUAUAGCUACAAAAGGUGUACUCGGUAAUGUUGAACCACCAUGUGGUCUUUUCUGCUUAGCCAAGAAGAGCUUUAGACGUCAAUCGGGUGUUUCAAAUAACCUCCUCUACAACAAUGUUUAGUGGAUUAUGAUUCAC